GCAGGGGGUUUUCGCAGGUCUUCCUCAGAUCGUAUAUAGUAGAGGCGGGCGAGGCUGCGAAGCGGUAUUGCCCCGGGAACUAUAUUGCGGAGGAUUUCGAGAAUGAUUGACGACGUGGAAAGGGAGGUGAGGGAAGGCGCGCACUUCUUGCUGUGCUGGGACGGGAGUUCGUCGGUUACGCCAAGGUCAAGGCUCCGGCGGAAGAAAGCUCCCAGCUACCGUGCCGUGCCGUGUUGUUGUGUCCCGUCCCCAGAAGCACGGCGCCGAGUUUCGCCUGCUGAAACCAGCUGGACCGUGUUCGGAUGUUCGCAGGUGCAGCCCACGUGGUGUUAUCGGUUUCUCGUCUCAGCCCCGGGGUCGCGUCUCGCCAACCCAGAUCUGGAGUAACUGAUCUCUGCUGCGCUUGUCCUCUCUUCGUUGCUGAAAGUUUGGCCGUUGUGUGUAUGCUACUCGAUCUUCGAGCGUCGUACAGUACACUGGCAUCAUCGGGAGCAGAAGAAGCGUCACUUGUCCCCUGAUCUGCCCGCAAGGUGCAGCCUUGCAUAUCGAGCCAAUCCGCGGCAGUGCCCGGACCGGGCGACUUUCAAUUUUCGAGCAUCUUGGCUGAUGUGAGUGUCCGGCGUUCCAAAGAAGGAUCCUUCAGCGCUGACACUGCACUUGCAGCGUAGCAUUGGCGAUUUUGCCGCAACUGGCUUGCUACCGCGUUGAGACAGCUGGUU